AUGGCCACCAUACUUCUUUCCAGCCUUGCACUAGCCAACGUCGAUGACCCAGCAAAAUAUGCCACACCAUACCACACCGAGUUCCCUCUCUUCCGCAGCGCCAAUAUGAACAGCCCAGACAAGCUAUCGAGCGGCAUUGGCUUCCACUCCUUCCGAAUUCCUGCUGUUGUCACCACGAAAACCGGCCGCAUCCUCGCCUUCGCCGAAGGGAGGAGAUUCAACCGAAACGACUGGGGUGAUAUCAACUUGGUGUAUAAGAGAACAAAGACAACGAUUAGCCAUGGUGCUAGUGAAAGCGAUUGGGAAAGCCUGCAAGAGGUUAUUGGCAAAGGAGACGGGACUUGGGGAAACCCUACCCCUGUUGUGGAUGGCGAUACAAUAUAUUUGUUCAUGAGCUGGAACGACGGCCAAUACAGCCAAGAUGGAGAUGAUGAAUUACCAAAUGGCGAGAAAACAAAGAAGGUAGAUUCUACGUGGGAAGGGAGGCGACACCUGUACCUGACCAAUAGUACUGAUGAUGGCAAGACCUGGUCAACGCCAGAGGACCUAACCAAAACACUUACUCCUAAUGAAAAGGCUUGGGAUGCUGUUGGUCCUGGAAAUGGAAUCGUGAUGACAUCAGGCGAAAUUGUUGUGCCAGCCAACGGCCGCAACAUCGUUGGGCGUGGCACUCCUGACCAGCGUACCUGGACGUUUCAAUCUCUAACAGGGGCCGGGUCAGAGGGCACUAUCGCCCAAACGCCCAAUGGCAAGCUAUACCGCAAUGAUCGAGCGGGGAAGCCAGACGAUUAUAGAAAAGUUGCUCGAGGGGAUAUUUCAUCCUUCGGAGCUUUUGCGCUUGAUACCGGACUCCCAGACCCAGCAUGUGAGGCUUCGACCUUGCUCUACAACCUGGCUAAUGAUGCUAGACCUGCUCGAGUGUUGUUCAUGAACUCGGCCCAUAAUGAUUUGCGGACUUUUAUGCGCGUGCGUAUCACCUACGACGAUGAUGCGGCGAAGUUCAUUUAUGGGCGAGAACUGAAGGAUGCACCCAUCAGCGGCAUCGGGGACGAAGGGGGAUACUCGAGCAUGACGAAAACCGGCGACGCCAAGGUUGGAGCUCUGGUGGAAGCAAAUAGAGACGGCUACAUGGUUAUUGUUUGGAGAAGAUUCAACCUAUCUUGGAUUCUAAAUGGACCAAACAACUAG